AUGUCGCAGAUGUCCCGAUUCAGCAAGGAGCCACUUACCCUCGGCACGAUGCUCAAGAGCGACUCUGGGCAAAUGUAUAAAAUCGAAGAAGUCCUUGCUAAGCGAAGAAAGCCCCUCUUAUGUGUAUACCGGGCGAGUGCCGACGGAAGGAAUUUCAUAGCGAAAAACAUGAUUCAGGGAGAGUUUGAGUACCAGCUGAGCCUCCAGAAAUCGCUGUCGACUUGUCCAAAUAUACGAGGAGUGCUUGAUACCGUCAAAGAUCUGGAGAUAUUCAUCUAUCCGUACCUGUCUGGAGACCUACUUCGUUUAAGUCGGAGAAAAUUAUCGGAAGAUACGAGGAGAUAUAUUCUCCGAAGUGCUUUGCAAGGCCUGGUCGAUCUCCAUGAUAGAGAUAUUCUCCAUAACGGGAAGUAUCCACCCAAUAAUAUUCUUGUAGAUUAUGCGGAAAGUGCUGAGGGUGGAGUCGUUGUCAACAACGUGCAAAUCUCAGACCUCGAGGAUACAGUCAUUGUACCUAGAGGGAAAUGGCUGACUGGUCCGCUAUGCGGCAAUGCAAUAUGGAGGAGUCCUGAGAGCUGGUGCCGAUCACGCCAGAACCAAGCCUCGGAUGUCUUUUCUUUUGGGGUUGUAAUGAUCUAUGUGAUGGUCAAUGAGAUGGUCUUCCGUGUCAACGACGACGAACUAAACUCCGCGGACUCAUGGCGUCAUGUCCUUCGCCGGCAUGUAUCCUAUUUUGCGGACGAAGAUGGCCUCAAUGGGUUUCUUGAACAUAUUGGAGAAGAAAACCCCUUUUACGAACGUUUGAUAGAUCUCGUCAACACAUUUGGUCCAGAGAAUCCUAGACAGCCUUUUGAGCGAUGGGGCUAUGUAGAGCCCGAUCUUAGGGACCUGGUUGGCAAGAUGACGAAUUUAGACCCAACCAAGAGGAUAACUUCAAGGGAGGCGCUCCAGCACCGCUGGUUUAGAGAAACUGGUUGA